UCUUCUCUUUCAGCUUUGGUUCGCCUUUGUUAAUGGAUUUUCUGGGCAGAUUUUAUUUGAACGUUGGUGCAUCGGCUUGUACAAUGUGAUUUUCACCGCACUACCACCCUUCACUCUGGGAAUCUUCGAGAGGUCUUGCACCCAGGAGAGUAUGCUCAGGUUCCCACAGCUCUACAAAAUCACCCAGAAUGCGGAAGGCUUCAACACAAAGGUUUUCUGGGGUCACUGCAUCAACGCCUUGGUCCACUCCCUCAUCCUCUUCUGGUUUCCCAUGAAAGCGCUGGAGCAUGAUACUGCAUUGGCCAGUGGCCAGGCCACAGACUAUUUGUUUGUUGGAAAUAUUGUUUACACGUAUGUUGUUGUCACUGUGUGUCUGAAAGCUGGUUUGGAGACCACAGCAUGGACUAAAUUCAGUCAUCUGGCUGUCUGGGGAAGCAUGCUGAUCUGGCUGGUGUUUUUUGGCAUCUACUCAACCAUCUGGCCCACCAUUCCCAUUGCUCCAGAUAUGAAAGGACAGGCAACAAUGGUCCUGAGCUCCGCACACUUCUGGCUGGGAUUAUUUCUGGUGCCCACAGCGUGUUUGAUGGAAGAUGUAGCAUGGAGAGCGGCCAAGCAUACCUGCAAAAAAACAUUGCUGGAGGAGGUGCAGGAGCUGGAGACGAAGUCCAGAGUGAUGGGGAAGGCGAUGCUUCGGGACAGUAAUGGAAAGAGGAUGAAUGAACGUGACCGCCUACUGAAGAGGCUCAGCAGGAAGACACCCCCCACUCUCUUCCGGGGAGGCUCCAUCCAGCAGUGUGUCCCCCAUGGGUAUGCCUUCUCUCAAGAAGAGCAUGGAGCUGUUACUCAGGAAGAAAUUGUCCGUGCUUAUGACACCACCAAAAAGAAAUCGAGGAAGAAAUAAGACAUGAGUCGUCUUGAUUGGUCCCAGGAAGGAGAUGCAGUUUGUUGCACCCAGUGUUAACACAUCUCUGUCGGAAGAGACUGGUGUCAGCAGCCAAAACACCACAAAACCCAUUUCUGUGGCCUUAGCCAACCAGUUUGUUAGUCCACAUUCCCUCGCAAAGCUGGAGUAGAUAGCGCAGGGGAAGCCAUUUUGUUCCCUUUCAGUUCAUCCGCAGUGCUUGGCCUAACUUCUGUUUACCUUGUUCUGAAGCAUUCAACUGUGCUCUGUGAGGUGUGAAAUUAAAAACGUUAUGUUUCACCAAUAUUU